AAAUUUUUUGGUUUGUGCAAUCUGAAACGGUGUCGCAGAGUAUGGUCUUAUCUGGUGAAGGAGGGGAGUCUUGAGUUGGGAGGAAGUGGCGAUCGAAAUCUGGUAAGAAGCUGUAAUCAAUCAAUCAAUCAAACCAAACCAUGUCGUGGUUUGCAAAGACAAUCGCAAACUCACUCAGACUCGACGACGACGAUAUCGACGAUGACAAUGGCGGUAACCUAAAAUCCCCUCCGCAGAAACCCGAAUCAGAACCCGUUCAACCCGAUUCCGCAUCCACUCCCAGUCCCACCGCGCGCGGGGUCAAAGAGGAUUUCAACGAGCUCACCAAAUCCUUUUCCCGCCAGAUAUGGGGCGUCGCCUCCUUCCUCGCCCCGCCGCCUGAUCCUCAACCCCGUACUCCCGACGCCGAUCCCACCUCCUCCGAGGAAGAUAUUAUCGCCGGAAUCCGUAACGAUUUCGCCGAGAUUGGUGGCAAGUUCAAGAGCGGGAUCUCCAAGAUUUCUGGCAAUAAGACGGUAUCUGAAUUCACCAAGAUUGCUUCGAAUUUCCUUCAGCUUGGAUCCCAAGAGGAAUACGAUCUGGAAGGCGUUGUUGGAGUUACCGAGGACGUGGUUGCCUUUGCCAGAAGCGUAGCGCUGCAUCCAGAAACUUGGCUCGAUUUUCCUCUUCCUGACGAUGCUGAUUCUGAUGAUUUUGAUUUGUCCGAUGCGCAACAUGAGCACGCUUUAGCUGUUGAACAUCUGGCACCAAGCUUAGCUGCUCUUAGAAUGGAACUGUGCCCCGGAUACAUGAGUGAUGGUAACUUUUGGAAGAUUUAUUUUGUACUCCUGCAUCCUAGACUCAGCAAAAGUGAUGCUGAUAUUUUAUCCACCCCCCAAAUAGUGGAAGCUAGAGCAAUGUUAACUCAGGCCUUAGAUAAAAGAGGUAAGGAAAAGAAAGAAUCGGAGCUAUCCGCCGGAGGCAAUAUUCCUCCAAAAGAGGAGGAGCAACAUCUCUUUGUGCCAAACAGUUCUCCACUUGAAUCUCUACCUCUUCAGGCAUCUGUUGUUGAAGCAGUCCCAUCUACGGUUACGUCUGAUAUUGAAAUGGAGAAAAAUGCCACUCAAAGUGAUGUUCCAGAAAUUAUUGUCAAGUCCUUGGCUAAAGAGGAACCGGUAAAACCAUCUGCAGAGCAAUCAGCAUCUGGUUCAACCAAUAGAUUUUUGGAUGAAACCUAUGAGGACGAUGCCGAUGAUUGGCUGAAAGAAGAGGAUAGUUCUGAAAUGGUUGGUCCCAGUGGAACUUAUAUUCAAACUGGUAAUGAUGAGGAUGUGUCAUUCAGUGAUCUUGAGGAGGACGAUGUUGAUGUACAUGAAAGUAAUAAGAAAACUAGAUCAGGUUCUGACUCUUCAACAAAAGACUCCCGAGAUUGGGUUCAGUUAGGUAGAAGUUCUCCUAGCUCUGAUAAGGAUAGGUUCUCUGUUGAAAGCAAACAUGCUGGUUCUGAGCAUUCAAGUUCUCGUAAUUCUGUGACCAAGGAGUCCAAUGAUUGGCUUAACGUUGAUGACAUUGAUGUAAUAUGACAAUGCCUUGGAAUAUGUCCCAGAGGUAAGUUUUUUUAUGUGAUUCCCUUAUAUUUUUGUGAAUAUCUGCAUAUAGUAUGUGUACUCUACGAUUGACAUUCUGAAAGACUGUCUGUAAAUAAAACCAGUCUCCACUGGGCAUUGUGUUGUGUAUGGUUAUUUAUUGCACCGUACAUAAACUAAAUCUUCUAUUUGA